UUCGUAAACUCUGCCGAUGAGCUUUUCGGACCAAUGACUACCAUCCGACGCACAGGACAGGCUGUUAAGCGUAUCCCAUGGACCGCUUUUAGUUUCAAGACUACAGAUUGGGAACGCAUUAACGAUGCUCAUGCGAUUAUCUCCGAUGCCAACAAUAUUCAGCAUUACUUCGCACAUGACCGUCAACCUACCCUCUGGCGCGCCAUUCCUGCACUUGAAGAGCUUCAGACUACUUGGGAAGCAAAGUCUGAGGCUCCAAGGUUUUCACUAUACAAGGAUGCUAUUCAGCGUGGUCUUGCAAAGAUCAGCAAGUACUAUUGCAGGUUUGACGACAAACUGGUCUAUGUUCUUGCCUUAGUGCUACACCCAUACUACAAACUCGUGUAUAUCAAGAUGGCCUGGGGUGGUCCAGAUGAGCAAAAGACAGAGCAUGAGGCUGGUAAUCUGAAUGCCAAGGACUGGCACAACAAGGCACUGCAGAUCGUUGAGAAGACAAUGGAGGAAUAUUGG